UUCAAAUAGACUUGGUUGCACUUCCCCUGCCCUAAUACUAGCCUUAUAGGCUGACCAGGGAUUUGGAAGAACUGCGCACGUCGUACGUGUCAGUGACUCUAAUAAAUUGUGGCAUAUGGGUUUUCCCUUCCUGUGUUUGAUCUACACGGUGUAGCGAAGCCGCUUUCCCAUUUAAUUGGAAGAAGCACAACGUCUUUUCCACGUCUCUUCUUAAGCCAACCAACGACGGUGGAUCCUUCCCACCCCCCCAGGCCGGACAGUGAUGAAGCAUAGAAAUGGGAUCCAAUCUCUGUCGCCAGAGAUCAUCGAACACGCCCUGAUACAUUGUCACCCCCGAGACGUGGCAGCUUUCUCUCAGACCUGCCGUGCUGCCCGCCAGCUCGUGUACCACAACAAAGAUCAGUAUCUCUGGCGCCAACUUUUUCUCUCUUGCCCGUUCGAUGACCCUGGCAAAGCACUUCAGGGGCUUCAUGGGUCCUUCGACUGGAAAGGCGAACUCCAGCGAAGGGUCUGCGCAGAGAUGAUAGCCCAUUCAUCCCGUGCUACAGCUGAAGAAUUGACGGGUGCCCUCGAAACAUUUCUUAAUGUCGUGCGCACGGCAUCUCCUGUCACACAAGGAUACGAGCGGGUUCCCUCGCAGAGCUUGUUAUGGGUCGUCGACGUACUGCAAUCCAGCAACAUGUUACAUACUCCUUUGUUUGACCACUACAACACGUCCCAGAAUCUCGCCCACCUGCGAUCCUAUCUUGCUCUCACUCUGGAUGAUUACGACAACGAUGACGACCUAGUGUGUCGCUGCUACGUGUACGACCUCAGCAACUAUUGCAGGGAGAAUGAUUGGGGCCCCUUCCGGAAAAAUGGACGUGUCAAUUGGGUUCAUGUGGAGAGUAUCAUAAAUGUUUUGUUGUCAAAUCUGGCGGAGUCGUCCGAACCGUCUCAGAUGGAUAUAAGGCCCCCCUGCGGACUGGAAGCGACACGGGCAUACUCUGCGCCAGGCGCGACAGCUCGUAAUCCAAAGGAUUGGGCAGGGGUUGAAGGGACCUGGGCACGAUAUGUUUCGUUCUUGGACCACCGGAAUUUCCGUCUGGACGGUGGUGCUUUCUUCGACGGAGCACGCUACGGGGAAGCCACUUUCUUAAUUGACCUCAAUUUAUACAUCAUAGAGCCAGACUCCAUCCCAGACUAUUAUACUCUGGAGAGAUUUCCCGAGUCCGAUAAUCAUCUUUAUCCUACUCUGUACUUCUCUGGGACAUCCAUUGGUAUUCAAGGAAACGAAAACCAAAUUAUCGGAUCCGUGUACAUGAACGAAGACGGAGUGGUGCGGUGGCGAUUCCUAAAUGCUCAUCUUGUCUUCAGCUCAGAGGGAGUUCAAAUGGGAAGCAUAGCUAGUGCAGCUGGCGUCGUCGGAUCGUGGACGAGUGUGUAUCACGAACAUGCGGACCCUGUUGGUAAGAAUGCAGACCUUCAGUUAUUUGCGUCAGCAUGACACUUGACAGGUCCGUUCUGGCUCUGGAAAGUAUCCAACCCAACGUAAUCAAGCCAUGACUCAGAACUAGUUUAUGACCGCAAUGAUCUAACUCACGACUUUUCUGCUAACGCUCCAAGUAAUCAUGUCUAAAUAUCAUUGCGUAUACGCUCGAUGUUCUUCACGAAGGAGAGAUAUUGAAUGGUCACAAUACGCAAUAUAUAGCACUGAAGUAGGGGG